AUGGAUCCCUCUAACUAUGGGUCCAUCCCUGUUAUUGUCGCUGUCAACGAGACUCUCAUUCGCAUCAGUUCCUUAACCCUCACCGAUGUUCGUCUCUGUUUCCCGAUGAACUGUGCCCAGACCCAUGUCGAACAUUUUUCCUUCACUUCGCCUCAAACCGACCAUCGCCAACCAACUCUUGCCGAAACAAAGGCAAUGCUAACGAUGAUAGAGCUCAUGCCAAAUUUAGUCUCACUCGCCAUCUCCGACCAUAAUAUUCUUGCGGACGAAACUCUCGCACUUCCCCUCUCGCUUCCUCGCCUGCAAAUGUUAUCAUUCGAUGGACGGUUCUCUGGCUUUGAGUUUCUCUGGAAACACCUUCUUAUUAUGCCUCAUACCCAGCUCAAGCUUCGGUUACGCGUUACUGGGAGUGACAGCGUUCAUGACAGUGCUUUCUACACGGCAAUUGGGGCACAUUUGAAGCGUCGGGGACAGGCUGCACCGCAAGAUCAUACGUACCGGGUCACGAUAGACAACCACGUUUGGUUUGUCCACGGAGACCCACCACUGUUUCAGACUGUCAAAGUCACCGAAAUCCCCCAUGCACCCACGGCCGCGAUCUCUCUGACUCCGAUCGACAUUGUUCUUGAGUUCGACGACUUUUUUCAGCAUGCUGCACAAUAUUCUCUCCUUCAUCUGUGUGAUCUGACGGAAGACCACACCAGAAUGCGCGUAGAGCACUUGGAGAUCACUUCUAACCUUGCUUACGCCAACCUCGGGUCUGCACGCCCCGACGAGUUCAGCCUUCUUGGGUGGCAAGGGUUGAAAACGCUAGUCUUAGGGGAUAUUUGGUGUACAGGCUGGCUGAUGCCUCACCUUCAGCGGCGCCAAGGUUCCCUUUUCACGGUCUUCCCAGAACUCAAACAGCUGGAACUUCGCGACAUUCAACCUGAUGGAUACGAGAUCUUCAUGGAUUUGUACGAGAUGGAGAGGGCGAUCAAACGCAUCUUCGUGAAUCUACGGGCAGGACUAGAGGCAAGAGGACGAAGUGACAGCCAGAAAAUGAAAACUCUCGCUAUCCAUGGUUCCUGCGUGCCCAAAGAUUGGAUGGUGUCCGAAGUCACCAUAGACUGGUGUAACUUGAGCAUGAUAUGGGAUGGAGAGGGCUGGGAAGAUCAUUGGGAGUCACCAUUUCACGAUUAG